AUGUUGUCAUUAAUAUUAAUAACUUUUUUAAUAUUGCCACAUUACAAUACGAGCUAUGCGACAAAUUCAGAUGGGAAAAAAAUCUUUUGUAUGUAUAUGAAUGGCGAACGAAAUGGUAUUGGUAGAUUCAGAGUUGAAUUAAUUAAUGAAUACUAUUGCACUCAUAUGAUUUAUGCAUACUUGGGUAUAGAUGAUGAAGGUAAAAUUAAAUCGUUAAAACCUAAUUUCGAUUUAUCAGAGAAUUACGGAAGAAGUAAUUUAAAAACUCUGGUUGCUGUUGGUGGUUUUGAUGGCACUGAAAGUUCAAAUCGCUAUUCAGCUCUAUUUAGUAUUGUAGAAAAUCAACAAAGAUUUGUAAAUAGUACAAUAGAAUUUCUUAUUAAAAAUAAUUUUGAUGGUUUGGCAUUACAUUGGGUUUAUCCAGGUGAAAGAGGUGGCAAUCCUGAUAUCGAUAAAUAUAGUUUUAUUUCAUUACUGAAAACAUUGAAGCGGGAGUUUUCAAAAAAAAACUCUAUUCUCGUCGUUAUUUGUCACGGUUACACAUAUGUAAUGGACGAUUCUUAUAUUGUUGAAGAUAUUAUGGAAAAUGUUGAUUAUGUUUAUUUAUUUUCAUAUGAUUUUUAUGGUUAUUGGAGUAAACAUAUUGGUGUGGCUAGUGCGCUAUAUACAUAUAAAGAUGAUAUUGAUUCAAGUGUUCAUAAAAUAGUUAAUAAUUGGAUUGAACGUGGUGCAAAACCUGAAAAAUUACUUAUGGGUAUACCAUUUUUUAGUAGAACAUUUACAUUAACAUAUAAUAAUGAAACUGAUGUCGGUUCACCAUUUAUUGGAGCUGGUAAUAAAACAGAAUAUGUACAGUAUGAAGGUUUAAUGAGUUACAUGGAAUUAUGUCAAAGAUUAUUAGAAAGAUCAUGGGCUGUUAAAUGGAAUAAUAUACAAAAAAAUCCAUAUGCUUUUGAUAAUGAUCAAUGGGCUGGUUUUGAAGAUCAUAGAAGCUUGGAACUUAAAGCAAAAUAUGUUAUUGAGAACAAAAUGGCAGGUGUGGUUGUUGCAUCUUUAGAAGAUGAUGAUUUUCUUGGAAUUUGUGGUGAUGGAAAAUAUCCGCUUUUAAGAACUUUGAAUUCAUAUUUAAAAAACGAUAGAAACUAUGGAUGGGACCCUGCAUUAUAA